CGCGUGCACGUGGCUUUUGACGCAAUUGUCAAAAGGUGUCGAAAGGUGUCGGAACGACGGCCGUCGUGACAUCUGCUGUGUAAUAGAAAAGUCCUUUGUCGGCUCAAAGAUGGAAAGGCCUCAGUCGAGCCCAUCGUCGUCGUCGGCGUCGCCGGGCGCGCCGACGCUCGCCCGCGUCUCGUCGUCGGAGCGACCGCCCGUCCCCAUCAUCUCGCUGCCACCGCCCAUCGUGACGCCGUCUGUCGUCUACGGCAGCAACGGGUCGGCCGCGAUCCCGCAGCACAUUGUCCCGAGCCUGCCCGGCCUCGCGCGGCCGCCAGGCUCCAAGAAGAAGCCCAAGCUGCUCGUGCUGGGCAUGGGCUUCACCGGUCUUCGCGUCGCGAUGGCUUUUCGCGAAAAGCUCGGCUUCUCGGUCUGCGGUACCGUGCGCAGCGCGCAAACCAAGCUCGAGCUCAUCGACCGUGGGAUGAAGCAGAUCUACUUCCUCGAAGAUGGCACGCUCGAAAUCGACACGUUCCGGCUCCUCGAAGACGUCACGCAUGUGCUCAUGUGCAUUCCGCCGCAGCCGCCGACAAGCGACGACGACAAGGACAAGGUGCUCGCGACGCUCGACAAGGAGCUCAAGAAGCUAUCGACGUUGCAAUGGGUCGGGUACCUCUCGUCGACGUCCGUGUACGGCGACAGCCACGGCCACGUGCUCGACGAAACCGCGCCGCUGCGGUCGUCGACCAAGCGCGGCCAGCAGCGCGCCCGCGUCGAGGCCGAGUGGCUUGCGUCGGGGCUGCCGAUCCACAUCUUUCGCUGCGCGGGCAUCUACGGCCCGGGCCGCGGUACGAUCGCGCAGGUCCGCGCCGGCCGCGCCAAGCGCAUUCACAUGCCGGGCAAGGUCUUCAACCGCAUCCAUAUCGACGACGUGGUCAACGUGCUCAUGCAGUCGAUCGCAAACCCGUCGCCCAUGAGCGUCUACAAUGUGUGCGACGACGAGCCAUCGAGCAGCAACGACGCGGUCACAUUUGCAUGCGACCUCCUCGGGGUCGACGUGCCGCCACUGCAGUCGUGGGACGAUGCCAAGGGCAGCAUGAGCGACAUGGCCAAGUCGUUUUAUGUCGAGAACCGGCUGCUCUCGAACGCCAAGAUCAAGACGGAGCUCGGCGUCCAGCUGCUGUACCCGACGUACCGCGACGGCUUUGUCGCACAAGCCGACGAAGAGCAGCGCACGCCGUCGAUGCGCGCGUCCAAGUCGCACAUUUGCUUUGUCGUCAACAAGGGCUCGACGCAGCCCGAGUCUGUCUUGGCGCUCCGGGACAUGUGUCGCAACCUCUCGGUGCGCUUCAACGGCUGCGUGCGCUUUGUCCCAUCGAGCUGCAUUUUAUCCGACACGAUUCCGCUCGCCGACCUCGACGACGUGCCGGCGGUGCUGCUCCAAGAUGCGGUCGCGGGCGUCGUCGCCGACCACAGUACAACGGCCGCCAAGUUUGUUGUGCUGCCCGUCUUUAUCGGCAACAGCGACGCGCUCACCGACUUUAUCCCGUCGGUUCUGAGCGCGUUCACGUGCCAGCAUCGGUUCACGAUUGCGCGCUGCCUCGUCGACAUCUCCAAGCCGUCCGAGAACGGCAUCGCCAAGAUCUUGGCGUCCAAGGUGCGCGGAGCGAUCGCCGACCACCAUGGCGAGUUUGAAAAGAAGGACAUUCGCGUCAUCGUCGUCGACCGCGGCACGACCAACCACGAGGUGCACUUGUCACGCAAUCUCAUUGGGUCCCAGCUCACAAAGCUCUUGGGCGGCGCGGUGGAGAAGGUGCACACGGCCAGCAUGGAACGCGUGGACGACCCGGCGUACGACUUUAACGAGCCGCUCCUCGCGCAUGCGUUCGAGACAUAUAAGAUCUCGUCGGGCCUAGUCGUGCUUGCGUUGCUCUUCCUGACGUCGGGCCGCCAUGCGGUGCCGGGCGGCGACAUUGAACACGUUUUGGCGACAACAAAAGCGGCGCACCCCAACCUCGAGGUCGCGGUCACGGCGCCCAUCGGGUCGCACCCGAUUCUGACCAACAUGCUCAUGGACCGGUAUUUCGAGUCGGUGAAGGAGUGGUAGCGCGUUCGGGCGUCUUUGAUGGAAGAAGACGAAGAAGCCGCCACUGCUAGAAACAAAAAGGGGUGACCCGUGUGCCAUAGUGAUCGCGGCCCGAGCUCGCCGUCAUUGGGAAGCGCGAUGCCUCGGGCCCACAGAGAGAUGAAGAAGCGCGGGCAGGACGUAGGAAUAAUUAGCCACUUGCGCCCGCCAAAAGCACCUAAAAAAUAGAACUGAUAGUACACUGCGCCCGUCU